CACAUAUCUUGCUGUUUGGUCAAAUGUAACUGACCUAUUCUUGGGCCUAUUCUAUUGGCCGGUGUUGUAAGUAUGUGAACUAGAUAGACUGGUAUUUUCAGUUGAGUAAUUACAUUCACACCAAAGCUGAUUGUGAAACUAGAAAUGAAGCAAACAGACAUGCAACAUACUGUCCGCUGCAAACGAAUUGCUGGCACAAUUACAAGCCAACAGGGACUCAGCAGGGUAAGAAAUACACUGAGCUACACAGAAAUAUACGGAAAAUCAGCCUGUUUUCCAAAUAUCCAGUACAUAACUUUACUGAGUGUGAAACCAGAAGCCGGUUGACUCACACUGUAGCCUGUGUGUUUAAAGGAGGGCAAGCCUCAAGGUCUUAUGCUGGUUGGGGGAGGGAAGAGGAAAAGGAGGAGCUAUUCUCACUGAGACCUGCCUCUUUACUCGCUUUCCUCCUAUUAGUGGCACACACAGUGCACAUGGCUGUGUGAUUUUGAAACAGCCCUCCAAUAGAAGGGCGAUCAAAGUGUCAUGGUGGAGCAGAGCAUGUGCGCCUGUGCAAACCCUCCCCUGUCAAGUGCAGCAGAGACACGGAAGCCGCAUGUAAGCCGAGGGAUAUGUGUGUUGAGGAGAAACGGGGGAGGGAAUGCAUUCACACAUUUGUGGCUGAUGUAACAAAAAAACUGAAUACAAUGGAGUGACGGUUUUGGAAAGGAAACAGGGCAGAGGAGAACUUCCUGGUUAUGUUAUGAUAAAGAUAGUAUAAAUCUACUCCUGAUUGACCUCGUUCCUGCCUCCAUCAUGUCGCUGCUGACUCACGUGCUGGCAUGCCUGUUUGGUAUGGGCUCCUGGGUGGCCAUCAACGGGAUGUGGGUGGAGCUACCUCUGGUCGUACCGGAGAUUCCAGAAGGCUGGUUUCUGCCAUCAUACCUCACAGUCCUCAUCCAGAUGGCCAACAUAGGCCCUCUCUUCAUAACUUUGAUGCACCGCUUCCGGCCGGGGGUUCUAGAUGAGCGACCGGUCAUCUACUGCAUUGUAGGGUUGGGGAUCGUUGCUACAUUCCUGCUUGCUUUCUUCUGGAAGCACACAGUGACAAUAGCGGGCUCUUUGCACAGUGUGCCCCUGCUGGUGUUAAGUUUCCUUCUCUCUGUGGUGGACUGCACCUCCUCUGUUACAUUUCUGCCUUUUAUGAUGCGACUGCGUCCAGAGUACCUCACUACGUACUUUGCAGGUGAAGGCCUCAGUGGUCUUGUGCCUGCGCUAGUGGCUCUGAUUCAAGGUGUUGGUGUAGUACACUGUGAAAAUGCCACUAUGCCCAUUGCAGCCAACAGCACAGCUGAUAAUGCUACUAUGGCUGGCAGUGGAGGGCUACAAGCCAUCUACCAGCCAGCUAAAUUCUCGACCCAGGUCUUCUUUGUGUUCCUCAGUGCCAUGAUGGUUGUGUGCCUUAUAGCUUUCAUCCUACUCAACCAUCACCCAGCUGUGGCUCGAGAGAGAAAGAAUGACCUAUACUUCAAUGGUGAUCUGGCCCCUGGGAAAAAAGAACAAGAUCUGUCCUUGCAUGCGCAGACACCAGAGCAGAAGCCUAUGCUCAGCCCCUUUGAUUCCGACAGGAGGGAGCCCAGGAGCUCUUUUGGAAGGGGAACGUAUAGCAGUCUGGAGGUGAUGUUGAUCUUUGUUGUACUUGCUUGGGUCAAUGCUCUGACCAACGCAGUGCUGCCCUCAGUCCAGUCUUACUCCUGUCUGCCCUACGGAAAUAAAGCCUACCAUCUAGCUGCCACCAUGGCAGCUGUUGCCAACCCAGUGGCCUGCUUCAUUGCAAUGUUUGUGCCGAUAAGGUCGCUCAUUUUCAUGGGUUUCUUGACCAUGAUUGGGACUGGAUUUGGAGCCUACAUCAUGGCCAUGGCCGCUCUCAGUCCUUGCCCCCUGCUGGUCCACAGUGCCUCUGGAACAGCAGUCAUAGUGCUGACCUGGGUCCUGUUUGUCCUGUCCCUGUCCUACGUGAAGGUCAUCAUUGGGGUUAUUCUGAGGGAUGAAGGCCGCAGUGCCCUUGUGUGGUGUGGAGCAGUAGUGCAGUUGGGCUCCAUGGUUGGUGCUCUUUCUAUGUUCCCAUUGGUCAGUGUGUAUGGACUUUUCAGGUCAGGUGAUGCUUGCAACACCAAGUGUCCAAUGUAAUGAGCAAAUAUGUUUAAAGUUAAACACUGUUGUACAAAUCUGAAAAAUAUUUUGCGCUUACUUUAGAUGCACUGAACUGCAGUCGUGAUCUUUACAUAUUACUGUUUCAACAGAUAUGAGAGCUCAGAGCUGUUUACCUACUACAGUAUCACUCCCUGAUGUUGUUCACCAGAUUUGCUGUUGUCAGAGUCAGAUGGUAGAUUUACGUUUUAUGCAGAUAUCUGUAUUUAUUGACUUGAUGUGUCAGAUCACAUAAGACCAGUUUGUUGCUGAGCAUAUUACAAUUCCUUCUCAGUUCAGAGGUCAAAGCCAGUUUACUUGAACUGUUAAUAUGAUGUGAAAGUGAGGUUGCUUUUACAAUGGCUUUAAAAUGUGCCUUAAUUAGAGACUCUGAAAGAUGUGUGAUUCUUUGCUGAGAACAUGGUUGUACAUUUUAACUUGCUUUGCAUUUGUUACUUGUGUGGAGAAACUGUUCAACACUUCCAAAUAAAACACAUGUUUUAUUGCCA